GAGCUUCCUCAAACCAUAUGUAACCAACACCCUACCCAUCACCUGCUUUGACCGAAAUAUUUCUGGGUGAAGAUGAUCACCUCUAUCAAGUAAAAGCAAAUUGACAGGGAAGGCCAACUCUGUGAUAGAUCACCCGAAGAAAACAAGAGCAACUUGCUGUUAUUUUGGAGACAGCAAGAAAACACCUCAGGAAAAAAACGUCUCAGAAGUGGGGCCUCAUCCUUUGAUCUUUAACACAAAAGAGAAAAAGAAGAGCUGUUCUUCGGCAGCACCAGCCAUGGGUCCCGCAUUGAAGUGGAGAACACCGCCACCCAGGUGCCCAUAUCUCAGGCUUUCUCACCUCGUGGUGCUGGCUGCUCUUUUCAGCUUCUGCUCAGGCACCAUCCAGGUGACCAAGACAGUGAAAGAAAAGGUAGUACUAUCCUGUGAUUACAACAUUUCUACUGAUGAACUGACAACAGUUCGCAUCUACUGGCAAAAGGAUAAUGAAAUGGUGCUGGCUGUCAUGUCUGGAAAAGUAACAGUGUGGCCGGAGUACGAGAACCGCACCUUACAUGACAUCCCUAAUAACGUGUCCAUUAUGAUCCUGGCUCUGCGCCUGUCGGACAAUGGCACAUACACCUGUGUCAUCCAGAAGACUGAAAAAGGGUCUUACAAAGUGGAACACCUAACUUCAGUGAUGUUAUUCAUCAGAGCUGACUUCCCUAUCCCUAGUAUAACUGACCUUGGAAAUCCAUCUCCUACAAUCAAAAGGAUAAUUUGCGCAACCUCUGGAGGUUUUCCAGAGCCUCACCUUUCCUGGUUGGAAAAUGGAGAAGAAGUAAAUGCCAUCAACACGACAGUUUCUCAAGAUCCUGAAACUAAGCUUUAUACUAUUAGCAGUGAACUGGAUUUCAACGUGACAACCAACCACAGCUUCAUUUGUCUUGUCAAGUAUGGAGACCUAAUGGUGUCACAGACUUUCAACUGGAAAAAAUCUGAGGCACACUCUUCUGAAGCUCAGUUCCCACUCUGGGCCAUUCUCCUAAUCUUAUUAAGUGGGGUUUUUGUGAUCGGAAGCUGUUUAGCCCACAGUAAGUACUAUUUGUACUAUCAUUCUGACCUCAGUUCCUGGAAGCCCAAACUCUGUCAAUAUGAUUCAGCAGCUCUCCACGAUUUUAGCAACUCUCCUAUCUUUUCUCAUUUUUGCAAAGUCUAUGGGAACUUUAGUGUCUCCUUUACUUGCCUUGGAGGUUCUGCUCAUUCACUGGAUAGACAUUUCGCUACUGUCUGCCAAGCACUCUAAUGGGCACUGGACUUACAAAGAUGAGAAAUCAGCACCCUCAAGAUACAUUCUAGUUUAGUCCUCUUAUUUCCCAACUUUACAAUAUUUUCUUGGAGACACUGAGGCUUGCUAACUAGUUUAAAAACAUUUCUGAUACAAGGUGAUAUUCUAAUCUGAUUUGGAACUGGAGGAAAGUAAGAAUGACAAGACUUAGGGGGCAAGCAUCAUUUUUUUUUUUUUGGAGGAUAAGAGGCACCAGUGAAGUUGGGAAAAUAUACAGCCACCGGUGAUUUUACCAAUUCUUAAUUCUUCAGAAUACAUUUUUGGUUGAAAGAUCAGGGGUGGUUGAGGAAAGAAGAGAUACCUAGGAUAUUCUUCUCUGAGUGUAAGUUUUUGGCCUGAAAGAUAUGGUACCCUCAAUUUCUGUAAUGAACUGAAGAGGAAGGGCUAGGCCAGAGCUAAGGCCAUAGUUACCAUGAAGGAACAUCAACCUUUCUUGGGUAGAAAAUCAUCUACACUGAGCAAAAAAAAAAAAAAUUGGAAGACCAACAUGUACUGAUUUUCCCAACCUUCAGCAUUAAAAAGGUCAAAGCUCAGAGAAGUCACUAGACUCUUGGCUAUGAACAAUUCACCCCAUUGGUAGGAUAGACUGCCCAGCCUUACCCCUGCAGUUCAGAGUUUGUCAUCCUUAGUAUUACUAACAUUUAGGGCCAGACAAUUCUUUUAGGGGGCUAUUUUUUGCAUUAAGAUGGUUAGCAGCAGCCCUAGUUUCUACUCACUUAUAUGCAGUAGCAUCUCUUGCCUCAGCUGGGACAACCAAAAAUGUCUCCACACAUUUCACAUGUUCCCUGCGGUUCAGGUGGGGUGGGUGGGGGGAGGUCAGAAAUCACUCCAGGUUGAGAACCACUGCUGUAGUGCUAAGCUUACAGUCUGAAGAUUGAUUGAAAUAAAUGGACACAAUCUAAGGGAAACUCACCUUUCUAAAUUUUUGUUUGUGCUUGUCCUCAAGGACCUGUGGCAAGAUGGAGUAGGAGGAGGGAUGGGAAGAGCAUGGAACUGGAAAGGAUCUCCCCUAUCUGCA